CAUACACAACACCUUCUUUGUGGAUGCAGUGAAUAAAAGAGAGAAGACGCGUAUUGAUGCUCGUUUAGUUCAGGGAGCCCAAGGGUACUUCUGUUGUCCACCAUUAGAAAGAGCAGGAGAGGGAGCAGGCUUGGUUAGUUGGCAUCAACAUGGCUGGUGGAGGGUUCGUUGCGCAAGGAGAGGUGAAGAACUAUAAUGGGAAGGUGACCUUUUUUGUGAUCAUCACCUGCAUGAUCGCCGCCACCGGUGGCCUCAUCUUCGGAUAUGACAUCGGCGUAUCCGGAGGUGUAACUUCCAUGAAUGUUUUCUUAGAGAAGUUCUUCCCAUCAGUGUACGAAGAUCAGAUAAACGCAGACGCAGGCACAUCCAAGAGCCAGUGGUGCUCCUUCGACAGCCAGUUGCUGACCGCCUUUACCUCCUCUCUCUACAUCGCGGGGCUCAUCUCCACCUUCUUCGCAUCCACGGUGACCAGAGUCUUGGGACGGAAGGCCUCCAUGCUGUGCGGAGGUGCAGCCUUCCUCAUCGGCUCUGCUAUCAACGGCGCCGCCAUCAACGUCGCAAUGCUCAUCGUCGGUCGCGUCCUGCUCGGUGUCGGUGUCGGCUUCUCGAACCAGGCCGUCCCCCUCUAUCUCUCCGAGAUGGCCCCCCCGAACCUCCGGGGAGCCCUCAACAUCGGCUUCCAGCUCGCCACCACCAUCGGCAUCGUCACCGCCAGCCUCGUUAAUUAUGGAACCAACAAGAUCAAAGGCGGAUACGGGUGGCGCAUCUCCGUCGCGCUCGCUGCAGUUCCGGCCGGCAUCAUGACCAUCGGUGCACUCUUCUUGCCCGACACCCCCAACUCCCUGAUCGAGCGAGGCAAGCUCGAAACAGCCAGGAGGAUUCUCGAGAAGGUUCGAGGGACCGACGACGUCGGCGAGGAGCUGCACGACAUGGUGGAGGCGAGCAAGUCGGCGAAGCAGGUGCAGCACCCCUGGAAGAACAUCCUCCAGAGGCAUUACCGGCCGCAGCUCGUGAUGGCGUUGUCCAUCCCGGGUUUCCAGCAGCUCACCGGCAUCAACAUCAUCAUGUUCUACGCGCCGGUGCUCUUCAAGACGAUCGGCUUCGGCGACAAUGCGUCACUCAUGUCGGCCGUCAUCACCGGGCUUGUCAACGUCGUGGCCACCAUCGCCUCCAUCGCGACGGUCGACAGGUUCGGCCGGAAGUUUCUCUUCAUUGAGGGUGGCUUGCAGAUGCUGAUCAGCCAGGUGGCGAUCGCAGCGAUCCUCGGGGUGGAGUUUGGCGUGGACGGGACGGGGGUGAUGUCGAAGCCGUAUGCGAAUGCGGUUCUGGUGCUCAUCUGCACCUACGUUGCGGCGUUCGCGUGGUCGUGGGGGCCGCUGGGGUGGCUGGUGCCGAGCGAGAUAUUCCCGCUGGAGAUCCGGUCGGCCGGGCAAUCGAUCGUGGUCUGCGUCAACUUUCUCUGGACGUUUAUUAUUGCGCAGUUUUUCCUGACGGCGCUCUGCCACCUCAAGUUCGGGCUCUUCUUGCUCUUUGCUUUCUUUGUGGUGGUGAUGACGCUGUUCAUCAUCUUGUUGCUACCGGAGACGAAGAAUGUGCCUAUUGAGGAGAUGAAUGUGGUAUGGAAGAAGCACUGGUAUUGGAAGAAUUACAUCCCUGACGACCCUAUGGCGGAAGCAUGAAGGAGGAGAUGGAGGCGACGGGAGAGUUCUCUCUUCUUCCAAGAAACCUUUUGCCAUUAGGAAUGUAUAGCGCUGAAAUGUAGGAGGAGCAGUGUGAGGGUUAUAGGAAUGUAUAGCGCUGAAAUGUAGGAGGAGCAGUGUGAGGGUUACAAAUAAGUAAUGGUACAGGUUGGAAGAGUAGAAGAGGAUACGUAAGACAACUUUAUGCAUCUUUACUUUGAUUUGCUUCUAUGUAACAUUGUCAAAAAUUUCAUAUGAUUUUUUUCUAAAAAAAUUUAUUUAUAGAUCCCUAAA